AUUAUCCUUGUAACAAGGAAUCCCAGGGACUGUUGCAUAUCUCUUCAUGCAUGGCAUGCGACUGUAAAGUUCUUAGAGCCAUGCGAUUGGGACUAUUUAGUCGAUCGUUUUGUAGAAGGCCAGGUUAUCUGGGGAUGUUGGUUCGAACACUUGGCAGACUGGCUUAAGUUGAGCGGUAGGGACAACUUCCUGCAUUUGAAGUACGAGGACAUCAAAGAGGAUCGCCAAGGUGCAUCGGAGACAGUUGCUAAGUUCCUUGGUUACGACUUAACCCCCGAUGAGAUGAAGAGAGUCGUAGACCAUACCGAUUUCAAUAACAUGAAAGAAUAUAUGAAAACAGUAACACAACGUGACGUGUUCCUACGUGAAAAUAGACAUUGGCAACGCAAAGGAAUCGUGGGCGAUUGGAAGUCAAAUUUCACAGUGGCCCAAGAUGAAAAAUUCAAGGAAUGGGAGCAGCGAAAAUGUAAGGAGUAUGGAAUCGACUUCAUGCAAUACUACACCAAGACACCUAAGAAAUAA